AUGACGGAGAAACCCGAGAAGGUUGUGAACCCUGAGCUCGCUGAGGUCACUGAUGACAUUCGCAAAGCAAUUAUCGAGCAGUAUUACAAGCAACCAGUGCUAUGGGAUCGGAAUCAUGAAAAGGCUGAUCGAUCGUCGAUGCCAGCAGCAUGGGAAUUUAUUGCAUCUGCGGUCUCUACACGGUCUAAGACAUUCAGCGGUAAUUUUAGAGGCUUUUGAUCAUUUGUUUUUAGUCAAAAUCGUCAAGACUGUGAUGAAGAACUUGAAAGAUCAAUUUGUUCGGGUCCAUCGAAAGGCUACGCAGGAAGGUGGUACUGUUCAAUGGAAAUUCUACGAGGAUCUUCUUUUCUUGGCCGAUAGCUUACCUUCGUAAGUGUCUAUUGACUGCCUUUCGUGUCGAAAAAUUUAAUUUUCUUCGGUUUGUUAUCCAACCAUACAUCGGCCUCAUGGAUACUAUAAUUUCCCCUUUUUCAGGGCGAAACAGCCUCUACAAUCGACGGAAAACGUUAAUAUUGCGCAAGAGAUGCCCCGAACGAAUGGGAUUCUUUCCAACUUUGUUUCAUCUAUUUCAUCAGCCUUCACUCGUCAGCCACCAAAUCCCUCAGAUUACAUAAAAGAGGAAUAUGAAGGAAAUUUGGUUGUUGAUGAGACCAAUCAAGCACCCGCUAGCACGGACUCACCUACUAAUAUGUUAUAUAACGCUGCUCAAAAUAGGAUUCAAUGCAAAGAAGAGUUGUUAAAUUUGUCGAAUCCACCAAAUCAAGUUCAAUAUCAAAAUACUCCAGUUUAUUCCACAAUUGCCAAUGCAGUGAGUGGUUGACCUUAAUAGUGUGGUUUGGUAGUUUGGAGAAACAUUGUUGGAGUAUCGAGAAUGCAAAAGAAUUAUUUUAGGUACCUCAUCAAGUGCAACAUCCCGUUCCCUUAAAUACAGCUAACACACGCUCUCAACCAGUCUUUAGCGAGAUCCCGGGAGUUUUUACCCAAUCUACACCAAUCAAAGACACUCCUCAAACCGCCUUGAUCAAACCGGAGUUCUCUCCAAUACCUCAUAAUUCAUCAUUUGCAAAUUUAGUUCCGCCUACUGCUCAAACAAAUAGUGCUCAAAAUGUUCCAGGUGAGUCCCACAAGUCAUUGUUGAUGUUGUUUUAGAUUCCCCUAAGUCGGAACAGUCGUCUCAACCAAUCUUGCCUCCAAGUGAAGUACAUCAUCCCGGGCCGUUGUAUGAAUGUAUUUCCCAAGCCAUUUCACCACAAUGUUUUGCUGACACAUUGAAUGAUGUCUACAUAGCUUCGUUGAAUUCACAGAAGCGUCUUCAAAAUGAAGGGCACAAUUUGAUGGAAUCAACGAAGAAGCCGAGAAUUGAGGUAAAUUCUGUGAAUUUGGCUCCAAAUCAGCCAGUUUCGGCCCCGUUACCCCAACUUGUGGCCCCGCCAUCACCAACGGCUCCUCUAAAGAGUGUUACAAAGGAAGCUCAGGUCAGUGUACCUCCUGCUAGUGUGCACACCAAGCCAGUUGAAGUUCCGAUUAGUAAAAUUGCCGAAACUCCUGACAAGCCUCCCCCAAAGAAUAGUAAAAGUGCCGAAGCUCCUAACAAACCUCCCCCAAAGAAUAGUAAAGUUGCCGAAACUCCCAACAAACCUCUCCCGAAGAAGCCUUCUACUGCCGUAAAAUCAUCCCAACCUCUAGUGCUCACUAAUAUUACUCCUCAGGAGACCUGCAGAAAGCCUCAAGCUCAUAAUAAGACUGAUGUGGACCGUCGGAUUAUAUUAUCCAUGCAAGAUCAAUGUUUGAAAACAAUGGGUAAGUUCCUAUUUUAUAUGAUUUUGUCUCUUUUUAGAGAUGGUCCAAUCCCAAUCUGCCCUGGGUCUUAUGGUUGCCGAGAUUGCAAGGAAAUUGGAGUCCGAACGCAAAGACAAGACCUUGGAAUUUAAACGAGCCGUCCUUCAGCUCAUCGACAACUACGAACAGUUGUUAUAUCAUUAG